CCUCACGUUAAAGCUCACACCCCAUAAGUUAUUGAAAAAAGGGUAAGGAGAUAGUCUGUGGGGAAAACCGAAACCCAGAGUUGUGAGAUCGAAAGAAAAUUUGUGAAAAUAUUUUUGGUUACUGGAUACCGAAAGAUUUGAAAAAUCGGUUUCACUAGCAAAGUACGAUUCCCGAAAAAACUACAAUUUUAUAUGGAAUUUAUUAGAAUUAGAAUGUUGAGGAGUAUACUGAACAAGAAUAUUAAAUUAUAUUUUAAUUCUGUUUAUAACAAAAUUAAUUGAGGGUAAUAGGAAAAGAAAUAAAUCAUGUAACACCCAGCGGAGUAUCAGAAAAUUAAAACGGUAGAAUUCAAGCUUCAAUGUUGUGGAUCAUCGUAACUUAGAAAUAUUUUGACGGGAAGUAAAAUAAUCUGGUGAUCUCAUUUUCUAUUAAAUCAAAUAUUGCAUUAAAUGAUUAGUUGCGAGUAUUCGGAACAUAUUUUAAUGAAUCUCUUGAGCAUAUUUCAUCAACAACUGUUGUUAGAGAACAAUUUUCAAGUCUAGUUCUAAUCACGACAGAUCAUCCAAUACGUUAUUAUUCAAUGUCAUUAUUGAACAUUUAUCAGUUUAGUGAUCAACUGAUUGUAAAACAAGUAUUCAAUUGUUCAAUUCCGAUAACACUGAACUACUAUACCGAAAUUGACUUGCAUGACGAGGACACUGGGCGUUAACUGUGAGAAAACGAAAAUCCAGGUGCCUGCUGAUUUCUCCUUGCCUCUGCUCGAUUUCAACACUUUUACGCGUUGGUUUUUUGCGAGUGGGUGUAUGCAAGGCGGGGACGAUGAACGCGAACGAACCGUCGACCGAAUCAAUCAUGAACUUUUCACCGUUUGGAACCCAUUUUCCCGGUACCAUACCGGGGAUACAUCAAUUCGCAAGCAGCGGUCUAGUUACAAGCGUACCUUCGUCGUCCCACGACACAAACAAUCGUUAUCACAGUAUAAAUUCUAACGUGAGCAUGGCGCAUUUCAACCAAUCGCACGCACCCAUCCUCGGGAAAUUUCGUCCGGAGGAUACAUCCAAUGUAAUUAAUCCGAACAAGUAUAAUGGUCACAAUAGUGCGACAACCAUCACAACUACUAGUGGCCAAUACACGAUUCCGUAUAGUCAACAUUCAGAAGUGAACGAUCAUAAGCAGCGAAAUAUGUACCAUCAGACCUCGAGUGGAAUCACAACUGGUACGACCACCCAGUCUUCCCAAGAGAUCACACAAGAUCUAAGUGCUUUGUUGCAACAAGCGGACAGCAAACGUGUUCUUCAGAAUCCAAGUUGGCAAUCGUUAGCUCCAGGAACUUCUGUAGCCGACUAUCUAUCGCAUCUGCCAGGUACGGCUUUGCCACUGUCUCUGCACCAUUUUCUCAAAUAUUCGGCUGAAAACAUCAAGAAAGAAACGCAAAACCCUUUGUCAACCAUCGAUAUGUGCCAGGCUCAGUCGCAGAAUUUGAACGCUAACACUGGUCAACAUCCCAAUGGGAUGAUCUUGCCUGCAUCGCAGACUAUUGCUAGUAUCUUGGGACAUCAAAAUUCAGCUAUGCAACAGCAGCAACAGCAACAGCAUUCCAGUCCACAAGGACCAGCAACCAGUUCCAGUACGAUUAAUGGAGCUAACAAUGCUGCUGGUACAGGUGAGACUGGCAAAAAGAAAAAGAAGAAAAAGAAAAAGCCGCCAAAGGAGCGUAAGCCACGUCCUAAACCAGGCGAAAUCCAAGUGCGUACCGCUCUGGAUGGCAGUCUCCUGUUUUUGUGUCCCGAAUGUCAAAUGGCCUACCCUGAACGAGAGUUACUUGAGCAACAUUUAAUAGGACAUAACCUGGAGCGCCGGUUCAUAUGCGACAUUUGCAACGCGGCACUGAAACGGAAAGAUCACCUCACGCGGCACAAGCAAAGCCACAACCCUGAAAGACCUUUCGUUUGCACAAUUUGUUUGAAGGCAUUUAAACGUAAAGAACAGUUAACUCUGCAUAUAGUAAUCCAUUCAGGGGAAAAGCGACAUAUCUGUCAAGAGUGCGGCAAAGGUUUCUAUCGGAAGGAUCAUCUCCGUAAGCAUACCCGGUCUCAUAUUGCCCGUCGUCUCAAAGCAGAAUUACAGGCACAACAAGGUGCUGCUGAGGGCACAUCGAACGGAGGACGCGCAAAUAAUAGCAAUAAUCAGGCCAAUCAAAACCAACCGAACACAGCCCAGCAGCAGCAGGUUCCACCACAAGCACAACUGCAGCUGCAACCUCAGAGCACAAAUCAACAGUUGCAACCACCGCAGUAUCAUCCAAUCCCGCCGACUUCACAAAUGAUGUCGUAAAAGAGCAAAAAAGUACCCGCCAAUCUAUUGAUCUCAGUACAACAUUCGUCUGAAUAUAGCCAUUUAAGGAUAAGUAACAUUUUCACUUUCUGCUGCUAUCUCUUUGUUCAGCUGUAUUACUGUACUCUAGGUUAUACGAUAUCCAUACUACACAUUAAACAUAAAUGAUUGAAGCCAUAAUUAGCUGAAUGCAAAUAUUUUUUGUGCGAUUGUCGUGAUUUGAUAGAGCCCUAUUGACUUGUAAUAAGUAUAAUCGGAAUCGGAUAAAUUAGAUUUAAUGUAUUUGUGCAAUUCGAACGUUAUUUUAUAUUUGUUUUUGAGUGUAACUGUUCAAUCUUCAUCUGUGUUCCUUAGUUUUAUUCUAGUCAGAAAUUUUAACCUUUUUCUUGAACAGCUGUAGAUUGAUGUUUGAAGACGCACAUAUUCUAAACGAUAACUUUCUGUUGACUUUUUUGCAAAUAGAUCAAAUGUUUUUUUUUUUGUUUGAUAAUUCCUGUUUAUCUAUUAGAACUUAUAGCACUAUACGAUUAAGAAAACAAAUGAUUGCUUGACUAAUAAAUGUAUUUGAAAUUAAGAGUAAAAGGAUUGGAAUAAACAUCACGCAACAAGAA